AUGCGGGAAUUCUUUGCAUAUCAAAUACAGGAUCGCAUUAGUGGUUAUUCUUUGGUUUUAAACGGAAGAAGACUGUUGCAACAAUUUUUGGUUGACGCUUACACUAUGAUUGAAAGCGAAAGGCCAAAUUUCAUACGUGGUAAGCAGAAGAAUCUACGAUCUGAGACAUUUGAAAAUUUACAAAAGUAUAAGCACACAGGUCAAGAAAAUUUAUCGAACACCGGUCAAAAGGUCAUUCUACCUUCUUCCUUUACUGGAGGGGCUCGGUUCAUGCAACAAAACUACCUUGAUGCUAUGGCUUUAUGUAAAUGGUUUGGAUACCCAGAUUUUUUCAUAACCAUUACAUGCAAUCCUAAAUGGCCAGAAAUUUCAAGAUUUCUUAAAGAUACUUCAAUUAAACCAGAAGACAGGCCAGAUAUAUUAUGUCAAUUGUUCAAGAUGAAGUUGGAUUCAAUGAUUAAAGAUCUAAAGGAUAAUCAAUUUUUUGGUGAAAUGAAUGCAGUUUAUCGAAGAAGAGAUUGUGGCCAUACUGUUAUAAAGAAAGGUGUUCAACUUGACAACCGAAGUGUUGUACCGUAUAACAAAAGUCUAUUAAGACGAUACCAAGCUCACAUUAAUGUUGAAUGGUGUAACCAAGCAGGCUCCAUAAAGUAUCUUUUCAAGUACAUUAACAAAGGUCCUGACUGGGCUACUGCCGUUGUGUUUUGCGAAGGAGAUGGUUCUAGCACUCAGAAACAAAAAGAUGAAAUAAAAGAAUACUACGAUUGUAGAUACAUAUCUGCUUGUGAAGCUUCUUGGAGAAUUUUCACAAAUGAAGUGCAUUAUAGAUUUCCUGCUGUAAUGAGGCUUCCUUUUCAUUUACCUGGUCAGCAUAAUGUUGUAUAUGGGGCAGAUGAUGAUAUUGAAGAUGUCUUGAGCAAACCAUCUGUUGCUUCUUCGAUGUUCUUGAAAUGGUUUGAAUUAAAUCAACGUGAUGAGGAAGCAUGUAAAUUGACUUAUGUCGAGUUCCCAUCAAAGUUUGUUUGGAAUGUAAAAGAUAGAUGUUGGCAAAUACGAAAAAGGUAUAAAACUGUUGGUAGAAUUCAUUCCGUUUCAGUUGCUUCUGGUGAACCUUAUUAUUUAAGGAUUCUCCUAAACAAAGUCAGAGGUCCAAAAUCAUUCGAAGAUAUUCGAACAGUUAAUGGAGAGUUAUUCCCCACUUUUAAAGACGCAUGCUAUGCAAUGGGUAUUCUAGAUGAUGACAACGAAUAUGUCGAAGCAAUUAAAGAAGCAAGUUUUGAUGGUCAUUGUCGGUAUUUAAGAGCAUUAUUUGCCACAAUGCUUUUAACAAAUACUAUAUCAAGACCUGAAUUUGUUUGGGAUAAAACUUGGCAUUUAUUAGGAGACGGUAUUUUGUACAGACGUCGAAAAGAGACACGUAUCCCUGAUCUAACGCUUCCUGAAGAUCAACUGAAGAAUCAGAUUUUGUUCGAAAUUGAGAAUUAUUUAAUUUCCAAUGGUUCAUCGCUAAAAGACUCCAUGUGCCACAUUAAGCCAAACGAUGAUGUUGCUGACCUACUAAAAGAGGCAAAGUUGAUUAUAUGGGACGAAGCCCCUAUGGUCCACAAGCAUGCUUUUGAGGCACUAGAUCGAACAAUGAAAGACGUUUUAUCGUCUUCUAUGGGUCACCAUUCUGAACUACCAUUUGGGGGUAAAGUUAUUGUUUUUGGUGGGGACUUUAGACAGAUCCUCCCGGUCAUUCCUAAUGGAAACGUUGGUUCAGAAAAUGAUGGUGAAGCACUUAUAGAGAUACCGGAUGACUUAGCAAUCACCGAUUCGGACGAUCCAAUACAAAGUUUAAUCGACUUUGUUUAUCCUUCGAUUUUAGAAAAUUACAAAAAUUCUGGAUUCUUUUCUGAGAGAGCUAUUUUAGCACCAAAAAAUGAAGUUGUUCAUGAAAUUAAUGAUCGUUUACUUUCGUUAUUUCCGGGUGAAGAAAAAGAGUAUUUGAGCUCUGAUAGUAUCUGUCAAACUGAGCAAGUACUUGAUUCUUUCCAACAAGAUCUGUAUUCUGCUGAUAAUUUGAAUGCUCUCAAAAUAGCCGGUUUACCUAAUCAUAGGUUGGUUCUUAAAGUUGGUGUUCCUGUAAUUCUUCUUCGAAACAUUGAUCAACAAAGGGGUCUAUGUAAUGGAACUAGACUUCAAAUAACCUUUCUCGGUAAACGAGUUAUUGAAGCUGAAGUAAUAUCAGGCGGGAAUAUUGGCACUAGAGUUUAUAUUCCAAGGAUUUCAAUGAUUCCUUCUGACAAGAAGAUACCCUUUCAGUUUCAAAGAAGGCAAUUUCCGUUAUCAGUAUGUUUUGCUAUGACGAUUAACAAAAGUCAAGGGCAGUCUUUAUCCAGAGUUGGGCUAUAUUUAAAGGAUCCAGUUUUUAGUCAUGGCCAGUUGUACGUUGCUUUAUCGAGAGUGAAGACGAGAGAAGGUGUCAAAAUUUUAGCAUUUGAUGCUGAUGGUAAACCUUCGAAGCAGACAUCGAAUGUGGUUUACAAGGAGAUAUUUGGUAACUUGUGA